CCUGUUGUCAGAUUUUUCUUUUUCCUCAUUUCGAACUCUCUCCGUUUCACUCUCUCUCUCUCUCUCUAUUCAGUGUUCUCUCCUGAAACCAUAUAAACGAGUUACAGGGAAUAGUUGGAACAUAAGCUCAGGACUCGGAUAAAGAGUUGGAAGAGAAGAGGACUGUGUAGAGGUCUCUCUUUCUCUCUCUGUCUGUCUCUGUCUCUUCUACCCUACUAAAUUAAAGUCGUUUGCUUCUUUUCUUCCGGGGUGGUGGUUCUGCGUUUCGGGUUUUUUUUUUUCAGUUAAAUUCGAGCCCUGAAUUCUGACACUUGAAGAGGGUUCGAAGGUUUAUAUUUGGUGAAAGCGGAAACUGUUCGAGAAGUUACGUUGUAGAGGAGUUGUUUUGAAGUGAAUGCGAAGUGGGAUAAGGUGGUGUUAGCCUUUUUUGUUUAGGGAUAUUGAUUCGGUUUGGUUGGGUUUUUGGACGAUCAGGUGGAGUAUUUAAGUGAAGUUUGUUAUUUAUGGAGCGGAUUUCGUGUUCCAGUAGCAGAUCUGGGAGUUGCAGUGAGAAUAAGCCGGGAAUCAUAGAAGAUACUUUUGAAUUCGGCGAUGGAAUAUUAAUGACAGGAAAUCUUCUUCAGGAAGCAACGGUUCCGGGGAGUUCUUUCACUGCUCUUCUCGGACUUCCGGCCACUCAAGCAAUGGAACUCCUCCAGGAGCCGCAAUCCACCAAGGCUCAGCCGAUUCCAGCACCGGAGUUGUGGAGAGAUAGCCGAAAUGAGCAGGAGACGCUAGGCUACUCACUCAACUGUUCCCCAACCUUUCCUACAAAUGCUGCUUUGGUCGAACGAGCGGCCAAGUUUUCCAUCUACGCUGGGGCGCAAGAAUCGACAGACGCGAACUCCCUUCCGUCGAAUUCUAGCGAGAAUUCACUCAAGUUGAAGAACGAACCUGCCGAUUCUGAGUCAAAUCCAAGUUCGUGCCUGGUCUUCUCCGAUCCAGCGACGCCGAGCGAGAACCAGAAGUCGACGAAGCGGAAGGAACGAGAAAAGAAGGUUAAAGUUUCUGCUAAAAGGAGCAAAAACGUGGAGCACGGGAGUUCGAAAACUGGUGAAGAUAAAGACGGCGAGAAACUGCCUUACGUCCAUGUUCGAGCUCGUCGUGGUCAAGCAACUGACAGCCACAGCUUAGCAGAAAGAGCUAGGAGAGAGAAGAUCAAUGCUCGGAUGAAGCUUCUUCAGGAACUGGUCCCCGGCUGCAGUAAGAUUUCCGGUACGGCGUUGGUGCUCGACGAGAUCAUUAACCACGUACAGUGUCUGCAGCGUCAAGUGGAGUUCUUAUCGAUGAGACUCGCUGCGGUUAACCCCAGAAUCGACUUCAGCCUUGACAGCCUUUUCGCCGCAGAAAUUGGAUGCCUUACUUCCAGUAGCUUCCCCAGCGCAGUGACGAUUGAGCCAUUGAUGUGGCAGCAACAGCAGAAUCAGCAACAACCCAUGUGGGAGGUUGACAUGCUGCAACGACCAGCUGCGUGGGAGAGAGGUGGCAGCAACAGCUUCCUUGCACAUGACAACUCCCUUUUCAGCUACAACUCAGCAAAUUCAGUGUCCCUGAGCUCGAACCAGUUGAAAAUGGAACUCUGAUGCCUUGGCGGUUGCUUGAUUGGCAGUGUACAUAAUGGAUAUAUUAUUAGCAGUUUGUAGGGAGAGGAGCAGUCAGCAUUCCCUAGGGAUUUCGUGUCCAUGCAAUUUGGGCUGUGACAUUCAGAAAACCCUAAUUUUUCUUCAAGUCGGGGAGGGAAAAGAAAAAGGAAGAAAGAGAAUUUGUUUCUAUAUUUUUAUAUAUAUCUAAUUACUAACUGAGUCAUUCAAUCUUCUACCUCUGUUACAUUUGUGAGAUGAUUGAUUGAUUCAUUGUAUAACCUGGAACAAGCUGUUGCUUAGAAUAUCAUUAAUGAAGUUCCCUUUCUCUUUUCCCAUA